AUGGACGACGGCACAAUCAAUAAUGACCAAUGGCUAACCCUCUCUCUCUCCCUCCCUUCACCACCCACACCCCCGCACUCAUCACAAGAAGACCAAAAGCCCGCUCAGCCACUUAUGCUGCCGGCGGCGAUGACCAGACGAACGAAGAAAGCCACCGCCAAAACAAAGACCAUAGAUCCACCGCCAUUCCCAUGGGCCACAACGAAACUCGCCACCGUUCAUACUCUUGAACACUUACUGGCAAACAAAAUUAGCUCAAUCUCCGGAACCGUUAAAUGCAGAUCGUGUCAGAAGCAAUACGAAAUGGAUUUCGAUCUGGAAGGGAAGUUUCGCGAAGUUGCGCGGUUCGUUAUCAAGAAAAACCGGGACACGCACGACCGGGCACCGAGCUCUUGGAUGGCUCCGGUUCUUCCAAACUGUGAGUUCUGCAACGGAAAGAAUACGGCGGUUCCGGUGAUCGCCGCAAAGAAGAGGAAUAUCAAUUGGUUGUUCUUGUUUUUGGGACAAAUGAUUGGGUGUUGUAAGCUUCCGCAAUUGAAGUAUUUCUGCAAGCAUGCAGAUAUUCACUUAACUGGAGCCAAAGAUCGCUACGUCGAGUCUUUGGGCAGGAGUAAGGCACAAUUAAAGAACCGAUUUCGGUGGCCUGAGGGUCGCAUCAUUAGAACACAGUUUUGUACUAGUGGGUGCUGGGUUUUAGAAGACUUAAUGAUAGACGAUGAGUACAUUCAAACUGGUUCUGAUAAUGACAACAAUGAUGAGAUAGAGUGUGCUCUAGAAAUUUAA